AUGUUUGUCCCCCGACAGGAUUCCUUACUUCCUAUAGGUUCUGACAGUGCAUCCGUUGACUCCCCAGAGCUAGCCCCUUCGUUUCCGCGUGAAAUUUCCUUCGUUCUCCCCGCUGAAUCUGUAUCGCCUCAGUCUACAACUGAUGCUAUGACCGUUUGUUCGACCGGCCUUGACGCAGUGAGCCAACAUCUUACAGGGCCUAAUAGAGGGCUAGGAUUUGAUGCAUUUCGGAGCACUGUGAAGUUGGUGGCCACUGGAUUCAUCUCAACUGGUCAGCUCAAAGAGGGUGUGGAGUUGCUAUGUAUGAUCGGCUUGCAUGCCGAUGCUUGUCGCUACCUGGAAGCCAAUGAACAAUGGGCCUUUGCAGUCGAACUUGCCAAGGUGAGAGGUCAAUACUAG